GAGCCAAUCGGAAGGGGUGUGUGUGCGAGCGCAGGCGGGGAGGGGGUUCGCUCAGGACCCGGAGGCCCUGCUCGCAGGUCCCGGGGUCCCGGUGGUGGCCGGAGCGCUCGAUCCGCUUGCGGCCGGCGGGUGGACCCCGCCCGCCCUACGCGCGCGCCGGCUUCUCCUCCGUCUGCCCUCGGCUUCCGCGCGGCGGCGGCGGUUCCUCCCCCUCCCCCAGCCCUGGCUCCGGGGGACCCCGCGAUGCCGGUCCGCACCGAGUGUCCCCCGCCGGCCGGUGCCUCGGCCGCCUCCGCCGCCUCGCUCAUCCCGCCGCCGCCUAUCAACACGCAGCAGCCCGGCGUGGCCACCAGCCUGCUCUACAGCGGCUCCAAGUUCCGCGGCCACCAGAAGAGCAAGGGGAACUCGUACGACGUGGAGGUAGUGCUGCAGCACGUGGACACGGGGAACUCCUACCUUUGCGGGUAUCUGAAGAUCAAAGGCCUUACUGAGGAGUACCCAACCCUCACGACCUUCUUUGAAGGAGAAAUAAUCAGCAGGAAGCACCCUUUCUUAACCCGAAAGUGGGACGCUGACGAGGACGUGGACCGGAAGCACUGGGGCAAGUUUCUGGCUUUUUAUCAGUAUGCAAAAUCGUUUAACUCAGACGACUUUGAUUACGAAGAGCUGAAGAGUGGGGACUAUGUCUUCAUGAGGUGGAAGGAGCAGUUCCUAGUCCCGGACCACACGAUCAAGGACAUCAGCGGUGCUUCCUUUGCUGGCUUCUACUACAUCUGCUUCCAGAAGUCAGCGGCCUCCAUAGAGGGCUACUACUACCACAGGAGCUCGGAGUGGUAUCAGUCGCUAAAUCUCACUCAUGUUCCAGAACACAGCGCCCCCAUCUACGAAUUCCGGUGACAGCGGCUCAGAACAGUAACCAAACAAACUGAACUUGGCAAAAAAGAACUUUGCCGGGAAAACCGGGUACCUGCCAGAACCGGGAGAACAUGUGUUCCUGUUUCUUCACGAGCAGACUUGCAUCGAAAGCAUGAAUGUCAGCCCGCAGCAUCCGAGGAGCGGCCAGCCCGUGGGGCAGGUGGAGGGUGACCUCGGCUCUUCCUCCCUCCCUGUGAGGUUUGGUCGUGAGCUGUUUCUAGGCUGCCGUCAAUGCACUUUUCCUUCCUGCACAGCUAACUUCUGUAUCCCUGAGACGCACAGCCCUUGCUCCACCCCUGCCUCCAGCUGCAUAGGUCAGCCCCAGCCCCCCCCGGGCCACGGUGCUCAGUGGUCCCCACCCAGGGCCCCUGCCCCCAGCUGCUUAGUCUGGUAAGUCAAGAGAAGGCAGAGCCCAGCUCCCACGUGCCCCUGGAGUUCCGUGCGGGGCGCAGGCCAAGUGCUUAGCGAGGGCGAUCUAGCCAAGCUAGCCUGUGGUCAGUGGGUCCCUUGGGCCUGCUGUUGGGACCAUAGGGUUUGAGGCUUCCAGGUCCCUGGCAGGAACAGACUCCAGUCCUGCCCACUCAGCACGUUUGCUCCAAACUUUUGAACUUGAGGGCAAUACUAAACUUUAAAAAAAAGAAAAGUUUUUUUAUUACAAAAUUAUUUUUAUGGUUCCUUUAGCAAGGACCCUAUGGCAAAUGCACAAUUAUUCAGAAUUACAUUUUAUCGUUUUCACAUUGAAAACAGCAAAUGUUGACUUAGUAAUUUUUAUAUCUAUAUGUAAAUGUAUAUUUAAUCAGCCAGCAGUUUGAAACUGGUCACCUGGUGAGACGUUCUGCAGCAUUGCAUCCAUUCUAGUGCUAAACGUGAGGACCAUUCUGGGGGCCAGUUUAGCACUUGUUCCUCCUCCUCUCGCUACUCAAAACAGCAGCGCUUCCAGCAACCUCUCCCAUCAGGCAGAAGGGGCCGCUGCAGCCCUAGACCCGCAGCUCAGCGGUGUCGGGGCAUAGGAGGGGCUGAGCUUGAACACGCUCAAGUAACCCGAGGCUCAUGUGCCAAAGUAUGUGUGUGUGCGCACACAGGCGUGCGCUGCUGUUUUGUUUUGUUUAAAUGUUUAGAGAGCUUCAUGUGGCAUCCGCUACAGCCCCCAUAUGCGGCAAGGCCUAGGAGGUUUGGUGACUUCUGGUGAUUUAUAGACUCACUCGGAACAUGGGAGGGAAAGCUUUAACCGAGGGGUAGUGUUGCCAUAACCCACAGGAGCAGAACUGGCGCAGGGGACAGGUCCAGGGCGGAGGGAGAAGGCGUGAAGCCCUCCGGUCUAGGUGAGUGGUGGGGCGGGUCUCUUAGUCUCAGAAUCCUUUAUCGAAGUACGUGUUGUAUGUUGCUGAGAUUGCAUGUCAGGAGAAGCCUUAAGGAGAAGUGUUGGGAAGGUGGCUGCAGCAGAAGGAUGGCUCACGUCUGUCUGGAGAGAUGAGUCAGAAACAUCCUCUUGAUUUUAGAGCCGGCUGGCAACAUGGGGGCCAGGUGGCGUGGGCUCCCUUUCCCUGCCCCCAAUUUCUCAGCGAGUAACCAGCGCCUGCAUUUUGCCAGCUCCUUGAAGGGUUCAGGUACCCCUGAGGGAAAGGCGCCCCCCCACCCCCCGCCCCCAGCCUCCCGGAGCUGGUCGGGGCCCACGUGUGUGGCCGUGAGUGGGCAGCCGGUGGGCUGGACAGGGUGUCGGCAUGUUGCUGCUGCUUGGCGGCCCAGGUGGGCAGGGCUCUGCUGUGGGCUGACUUCCUUGCUGAGCCAGGGGUCAGAUGCAGUAGUGUUUGGGGAUGAAGAUGUGGUACAUUUGUCAGCUCUUUGGGACACACCUGUGAUAAAGGUUGGUUCUCGUAAAAUCCUGACUCUCAGGGGUGCAGAAGCAGGGGUUUCUCUAUCCCCCGAGGAACCCCCAGACCCUCCACCCUGACUUAGUUCCCGGGGGAGCUUGGACCGUCACCCCCAGCUGUGGUCACUCCCGAGCCUCCUCAGUAAUCCAUGCACCUCUGGUUCUACGUGCAAUGCUUCUGGUGGACACUCUUGUUCAUCACUGAGAAACCAGUGCGGGUGCAGGCUCCCCACACCUCCCUUCCCCACUCAGGACCCAGCUCCUGCUCCUCUGCUCCGCUCUGCACGCCCAGCCUGCCUCUGCCCGGAGCCCCCUCUUCCCACCCAUUGCCCUCUCCAACUCCACAUGUCUCACCUGUGGACGGACAGACUGGCGCCACCUGUGCAGCGCUGGUUCCAUGGGUGACAUGCACAGCAGACUCCAGGGGGCAGAGGGGCUUUUCAAUGUCUUUUGCUUUCAGAAACAGGGAAUUUAUAUUCUAAGGCCUUGAAAUGAUUUUGUUUUUCCUCAUAAAAUAGUCAGAUAAGCUAAUUUUUAAAAAGGAAAUGCCAUUGAGUAUGUGCAUUGUGGUUUAAAAUUACUAACGAGUUCUGGGAAAGAAAAGUAAUAUUUGAUUUUGAAUCUUACAUGUUUUUAAAAAUUAGAUUUGAAUGGGCAAAAGGAUGAGUAUUUUGUUUCUUUGGGGAGGAUAUGUGGAAAGGGUAUGAGAGUUUGGGAUGGAAGAAGUAUUUUGCAGAGCUAUCAAUGUCCAAAUAAUUUUUAAAAAGUAAUAAAGGUAUUUAAGCUUCAAA